CCAAAUCCGGAAGCAAUGGCGGGCGGCGACGAGGAGGCCACGACGGCGCUGCUGCUGCCGCCGCCGGCGGGGUCGGAGGAGCGGGAGGAGCCCUCGGCACUGCCCCCGCCGGCGGAUCGGCUAGGGGUCGGGUACCUCAUCUUCUUCACGCUGGGCGCCGGGUUCCUGCUGCCCUGGAACGCCUACAUCACCGCCGUCGACUACUUCUCCUACCUCUACCCAGGCGCCCCCGUCGACCGCGUCUUCUCCGUAUCCUACAUGCUCUCCUGCCUCUUCCCCUUGCUCCUCAUCGUGCUCGUCUUCCCCAAGUCCAGCGCCCCCGCCCGCAUCAACACGGGCCUCACCCUCUUCACGCUCGCGCUCCUCGUCGUGCCCGUCAUGGACGCCGUCUACGUCAAGGGCACGCCGAAGCUCUACGGCGCGUUUGAUGUGACCGUCGCCGCCACGGUCAUGUGCGGCGUCGCCGAUGCGCUCGUGCAGGGCGGGGUUAUUGGCUUCGCCGGAGAGCUCCCCGAGCGGUACAUGCAGGCCGUCGUCGCCGGAACCGCCGCCUCAGGUGUACUUGUGUCAGCAAUGAGAGUAAUUACCAAAGCGAGCUACCCUCAAGAUGCCGAGGGGUUAAGGCAAAGCGCGAUCCUCUACUUCAUUGUCGGUAUUGUGGUCAUGGUCAUCUGCAUAGUGUGCUACAAUGUGGCUGACAGGCUUCCAGUUGUCGUGUACUACAAGAACAUCAAGAGGAGGGCUCAGAAGGCAGAGGUGGGGGGUGGCAUGACAGGAUCUGCCUGGAGAUCAACAUUAUGGAGCAUUGUCGGGAGAGUGAAGUGGUAUGGGCUAGGGGUGGUUCUCAUCUACGCGGUCACCCUGUCCAUAUUUCCGGGAUACAUCACAGAGGACGUGCACUCUGAGGCACUCAAGGAUUGGUACCCUAUCAUGCUCAUCAGCGCCUACAAUGUGUUUGAUCUUGUCGGCAAGUGUUUACCAGCUGUCUAUCUCCUCCAGAAUGCCAAUGUUGCCGUUGCUGGAUCGUUCGCGAGGCUCCUGUUCUACCCCCUCUUCUAUGGUUGCUUGCAUGGACCCAGCUUCUUCCGCACUGAGAUUCCGGUCACCUUUUUGACAUGCCUUCUCGGAGUCACCAACGGGUACCUGACCUCUGUGCUCAUGAUCCUUGCUCCCAAGGCUGUGCCCAUACACCACUCGGAGACUGCAGGAAUAGUCAUAGUGUUGUUCCUUGUGAUUGGGCUGGUCAUUGGUUCGUUUGUUGCUUGGUUUUGGGUCAUUUGAAUGGGACCCUGCCAUCCUGUGUAUUCAUGUUAGUGUACCAUAGCACCAUCUUCUUGCUGAUGCUUCAUUUGCCCACCAAAGGACCAAGGGUAUGUAAUUUGUUAGUGUAACACACACGGAGACCGGUGCAGUGUAUGUAAAUUUACAUUUCAUGAAGGAUAUCCAUUGUUACUCUUCCUCAGCUCAUAUGAAGCUACACUGGCCUCUCUUUUUUCAUUA